UACUUAAGCAAUAAAUAGAGUGACAUAAACCAAACAAAAGUCACUUAAGCUAAUUAUUUUCUCCCAUAUUCAGAAUCCCAUAAUGUCCAUGGAAAAGCUUCCAUUGAAGUUUCGAAUUCUUCUCCGCCUCCGUUCCAUUGCCUCCUUCAUAAGUCGCCGCCCUAACAUCACCGUCAACCGUUUCUUGAUGAGCUUCUUCGACCCCAAAACCCCUCCUUCUUCUAAGCCCCGUAACGGCGUUUCAACUAACGACGUCGUUUUCGACCCCUUCCGCAAUCUUUGGUUUCGCCUCUUUCUUCCUUCUUCUUCCGUGCUCGCCGAUAACGUUUCCCUGCCUGUCGUCGUUUACUAUCACGGCGGCGGGUUUGUGUUUUUUUCGGCUAAUUCGAUGCCUUACGAUGAUUUCUGUCGAAGACUCGCACGUGACCUACGUGUGGUGGUUGUCUCUGUUAAUUAUCGCCUCUCUCCGGAACACCGAUACCCAAUUCCCUAUGAAGAUGGAUUUGAUGCUUUGAAAUUUCUCGACGGUACGGAUUUGGUUUUUCCGGCGAACGUUGAUUUUGAUCAGUGUUUUAUUGCCGGUGAUAGUGCCGGCGGCAACCUGGCUCACCAAGUGGCAGUUAAAGCCGGCGGCUACGACUUCAAGAAGCUGAAGAUUAAAGGUUUAAUUGCAAUACAACCAUUUUUCGGGGGAGAGGAGCGAGUAGAGUCGGAGAUUCGAUUUGGCAAGUCGCCAAUGUUGACCUUGGAAGAGGCAGAUUGGUUUUGGAAGGCGUUUUUGCCAAAUGGGUCUAACAGAAACCACCCGGCGGCGCAUGUGUUCGGUCCCCGUGCCGGAGACAUUUCCGACGUGAAGUUUCCGGCGACGCUUCUGAUCGUGGGAGGAAAGGACCAGUUGCUAGAUUGGGGGAAAAAGUACUAUGAAUGGCUGAAAGAGAGUGGCAAAGAAGUUGAUUUGGUUGAAUAUCCAAAUGCCAUUCAUGGAUUUUAUGCAGUUCCUGAGCUGAAGGAUGCUUCAUUGCUAAUCAAAGAUGUGGGUGAUUUCAUGCACAAACUUAUGGCAGUGUAAAAUGAAAGAUCAUCUAAAGUUUCUUUUUAUCAUUAUUGUGUUUCAAAUAAGGCUUUUCUUUGGAUGGCUAAUUAUUGUGUUUGUGUGUGUUUUUUUUCUUCUUAAUUUGGCUAAGUUGAAAAAGUUGUACUUUCAUUCUUGGAAUUUCAAUAAAUUAUAAACUCAGUUGUCCUCUAAAUUUUGUAUAGGGUAGUGAUAAAAAACUAGGAAUUUGUGGGAUGGCAAUAGAUGAUUGAUAAACCAACAGAUUUGAUGUUUCACCAAGUCGCCCACCAUUGGUUAAUGUUAGAUUUAUUUGGUCCUU